AUGUCAGAGGGUUCCGAAAGCUCCUUUAAAACCCAGGAGUCGAAAAUCUUGGAUCUCAGCGACCACAACCUUCGUCAGAGACACACACUUCACAGCUUUACUCUGGGAACCGACAACAAUCGGGCAUCGUUUCGAAGGUACACCACAUCUCUUUUGCUAAACUACGAGGCCGAAGAGGACGAUGAUAUGACGGACGAAGAGGAAGAAAUUUCGCUGAUCAAGCCUCUAAUAGAUGCUCAUUUUCAACACACUCGUCCAGUGGAGGCUAUGCCAGCUCUGACCUCUAGCGAGAACCCGCUCAGACCACAGCAAGUCCGUCGACAAAUUCUUAACUCUGCUCCAUACACCACCCACAAAUCCAAGCUUUCUCAAAAUAUAACAAUUCUGGAUGAGCCAAAACCACCGACGCCGGUUUUCGCUAGUCAACGCCUUACUAUGAGCCAGUUUGAUCUGCAGCAAGCCCAAAAUUACGAAAAACGCAACAGACUGCGACAAGAGGCGCUAGGGCGUCCUCAGAAAUCCGAAAACUCUACUAAAGUACUCGAGAAACUUUGCAAAUGGUCUACGUACUCUAGGCCGCGAAAUUCAGGUGCCAUUCCAGAGAACGACAAGCCCGUGAGACGCGGCUAUUCAAUCAAACGCCUGAACUCGCUGACGAGACGCAAGGAUUUUUCUACCCGUGCUGAAGUCGCAUCGCUCUCGCAAUCGGGCAACUUUGUCUUCCACCGUGGGUUUUCGUUAAGGCGCUCUCGACUGGGAUCUACUGCUGCGAAGUUCAAAAAUCGCAAUGAGCUUACAACAGCAUUGAACUACAUCAACCCAGAGUCAAUGUCAAGCUCAGAACUUACUUCCGCGACUCGAUUUCUGGUAAUGCAAUUGAAGAAGCCAUCAUUUUGGCAAAUUCUAAGACUACACCCUAAGUUUGUGCUACGAAGCUUGGCUGCCGAGCCUAGGCAGACCUCAGCCCAACUCAAUUCACAGCGUAAAGCGACAAUGCAGCAUAAAAACAGUAUUCGAAGGAAGAGGCCCAGAGUGACCACUAUAAGAAGAGUUAAAUCAUGUUCGGUACCGUACAGCCGAUCCGCGUCGUAUUUGCAGAAUAAGCCAUUGUACGAUAUGUGGAAUCGUUACCUUUCAAACGUCAUUUCGCAGCGUAUUGAGUUUCGACUAUACUUUAAUGCUUCGGCGUCGAUUACCAGUUCUCUCAAAGGCACAUCGCAAACUUCCCGAUCUACUUCCCUGCCAACGCCUUCUGAUGAAGCUUAUUUCCCUUCUCUCUCCUCCAGCUUAGGUGACACGGACGACGAGAAUUCCAGCCACCUUGAUAACAGGGCGAGAAACUCCACUUCGCUCAAGUUUGAGAACGAUGUUGCUUCAAUCUCGACCGCUGAACGAGAGCGGAGCUCGCUUCAGUUACAAAAGGCUUACUGA